AUGCGGGCCUGCUCCCUUCUACGCCGUCGCAUCCAUUCCUCGGCCAAGUUUAUCCCCCAACGCCCACAGACCUCCAGCUUCGGCCCUCGACUCCGGUCUCAUCCAUUCGCGCAAUCAUACGCCCCGUAUCCACGCCUCGAAUCACCCAGAGAGAACUCAUCUUUUUGGAUCGCUUUUACCCUUCUCGCCGUCGGGGGAGGUGCUUGGCUUCAUCAAUCCUUCUAUCCCUCUAAUCCGUCACCGGAACUCCGGUUCCCUCCGCAGAGCGAAGCGUACGAACAAGAAACAUUUCUUCGUGUCAUUGAUACCCUCCGAGCCAUGCCGAUCGAACCAGCCCCAGGUACUGUGGGCACACUCACCCCAGAGCAGGAGGUCAAGUUGCAAGAACUUUGGGUGUUGACUCUCAAGGUCUUUGGAGUCCCGCUUGAUGCCCUAGAGUCCAGCGCCAGUGCCACCGGUGAUGCUGCUUCGCCCAGCGCAGCCCAGGAUAAGAAGAAGUCUGGCAAACGCCGAUGGGGACUCUUUGGGCGGAGCACAGAAGACGAUGGAGCGGAGACCGCAAGCGUUUCAUCAGCCAGCGGUGUCAACUCCAGCCUGUCCAACAUGGAAAUGGCGGACGGCGAUGACAAAUUUGGCCAGAUGAAAGAAUUCAAACAGGCGUUGGAAGAUAUGAAACCUGAGGAAUUCCGUACCUCGUUCUGGAACAUGGUCAAGCAGGAUCAUCCAGAUGCGCUGCUGCUGCGUUUCCUGCGCGCGCGUAAGUGGGAUGUCAAGAAGGCUCUUGUCAUGAUGAUCUCUACCAUGCGCUGGCGUUUGCAGGAUGUGCAUGUGGAUGAUGAUAUCAUGGCUAAUGGAGAAGCGUUGGCCUUGAAGCAAUCCCAGAGCUCCGACCCUGUGGAAAAGAAGAAGGGUGAUGAUUUCCUGUUCCAGAUGCGGAAGGGCAAGAGUUUCCUUCAUGGAGUAGACAAAUGCGGUCGUCCCAUUUGUAUGGUCCGAGUGCGGCUGCACAAGGCAUCUGAGCAGGAUGUCGAGAAUUUGGAGCGAUUCACCGUUUACACUAUCGAGACGGCUCGAUUGCUUUUGGCUCCUCCUGUUGAGACUGCGACUAUUGUUUUUGACAUGACCGAUUUCUCUGUAGCGAAUAUGGAUUAUACGCCCGUGAAGUUUAUGAUUAAGUGCUUCGAGGCAAACUAUCCUGAGUCCUUGGGCACCGUUCUUAUUCACAAGGCGCCAUGGCUUUUCUCCAGCAUCUGGAGCAUCAUCAAGGGCUGGUUAGAUCCCGUUGUCGCAGCCAAGAUUCAUUUCACCAAGAACCGCCAGGACCUGGAGGCCUUCAUUGCGCCCGGUCAAAUCAUGAAAGAAUUAGAGGGUGACGAGAACUGGGAGUAUAGUUACACUGAAGUCAAGGAAGGAGAGAACAGCAAGAUGGAGGACACCGAGACUCGCGAUAGACUUCUCGUCGAGCGCCAGGAACUUGCUAAGGAGAUCCAGGCCAUCACUAUCGAAUGGCUGCGAGCCAGCGCUAAAAAGGAGACGGAAGCUUUGUCCGCAGCCCAGGAGAAGCGGAAAACGCUGAUCGAGAAACUGCGCAAGCAGUACUGGGAGCUUGACCCGUAUAUUCGAGCUCGCUCUCUCUAUGACCGCCUUAACAUUGUACAGGGUCAUGGAAAGAUUGAGUUCUAUCCAGAUGCUGAGAAGGCAGAGAACACGAAGGAGGACAAGAAGGAAGUUCCUGCCGGCACUGCGGAGUAA